GGCCAAGGAAUCAGUACUUAGGUCAGAAUAAAACGGAAGCAAAUGCUUCAGACUGGUUUAAAACUAGAUUUGUAUUUUCUAGUAUCAUAUAUAAUACCCUCUGUUGAAAGUAAUCAUGUUCCGUAAAAUCGAUUUUGUUACAGUUUUCCUCUCCUUAAUUUCUGUAUCUUUUGCAAAUACCGUCGAUCGUGCCUCUGAUUCGGACGAAAUAUUUAAGAGAUUCGAUGAUCUACAACGGAGAAUUCAGAAUUUGGAGACUGAAAACGGACAGUUGCGGAAAGAAUUGGAGAACCAAAAUGCUUCUCUCGAUGCAUUAAAAAGAGACAUGAUAGGCAAGUAUGGCGAUCUCAACUUUAAACAAAAUGAUCUGAAGCAGAGUGUCAAGCAGUACUAUGUCCUUUUGAUGAAUACCCAGAACGAAACCAGGACGAAAGAUACUGAACUCCGAAAGAAGAUAGACACAGAUGUCCAAGAAAUCCGGAACUCGCUAGCAGUCACUAAUGACACACUGCAAACUGGUACGAAUCUCCAAGGCAGAAAGCUCAAUCAACUAGAGGGGAAGCUGGAAGCAUUUAGGAAUGAUUUUCGUGAUGUCUACCAAAAAACGGGAGGGACCCCUCCAUCUUUUUAUGCUUUGCUGACCACAACUGUACCAAUACGAGGUUCAAACCAAACCAUAAUUUACGACAGAACAGGAACAAAUAACGGCAAUGCGUAUAACACGUCUACUGGUAUCUUCACCGUGCCGGAAACUGGAACCUACGUCUUCACCUGGACUGCCUUCAGUUACGUCGAGGAGUAUGUGCGUCUAGAAAUAGUUGUGGCGGGAACAAUCUAUGGCGGAACUCUAAGCGACACACAGGAAACAGGUGACGCGGAUACAGAAACGGCCAUCAUUGUCGCCAAUGCUAAGGCCGGAGAUGAAGUAUUUAUUCGCACUCAGAGCCGGGGGCCAGGAGAUGGCCGCUUGUAUGUGGAAUUUGAGUGCACGUCGACAUUCUCCGGCUGGAAGAUUUCCUAAUGAGCUUUUUCUUCCGAGGGUCCGACGAAACCUGUUAAAACAAGGCUAAAAACAGGAUAAACACAAUUAUAUACUUAAAUAAAAAUAUUCACGUCUUUGUUAUAAAGAGGAUUUCUGAAAUCUUUUGAUUUUACUUGGCUGGCCCGAUUUAUAAGUGUCUUCAAGUGUUCUUAAUGUUGAAAUGCUUUUCUUGUAAGAGUCAAAUAAGAGCUUGAGAUUGUAUGUAUUUAUUAUUUUAAAGAAUUUUCAUGCAGUUGAAUGUUGUCUAGAAGAAGUCUAUUUUUAUCUUGUUUAUAGAUUGACCACAUGUUAGCGACGAGUGAUCAUGUAAAUAUCUAAAAUAGUCUUUGUAAUAGUGUUUACCCCAUUUAAUGAAUAAAGAAGAAAUGCAUAUUGUAACCAUGAUUUUAAAAGAAUUCCUUUUAUCUAAAGACAAAGGCACUGCAUGCAUGUAUCUAUAUUCCUCUUGGCGCCUAUGGUCAGAGUGUUUGCUAUAUUCGCGGAGUAAGGAGUUGAUUCAUGAAUACGCCAGUUGAGACGGUAUAAACGGAGGUCCUGUUGCAGCAGGAACUAACACGAGAAAGAUUCUUCAAUGGUCGAUAAUGAGAGAAGAGAAAAAUGCGACUUGGAUUUGAACUCGGAUCUCCUUUCCUGAAAGAAUUCAACGUCCGUAAGAGCCGAAUACAGAUUUGAGUUUCUGCCAUCACGGGGACAAAGGAAAAACAAACAUUGUGUGUUUAUAGUUAUAAAUAUACGUACAUAUACAAUUGAAAGUAGGCAUACCAAAUUUCCUUUCUGUCAUUUAUAUUUUUUUCUGAAAUAAAAUAUACAACAUGACAA